ACGCCUCAUUUCCGCGCAUGUCUGUUUCUAUGUGGAUAAACACAUCUGAGCCUCUAGCAUCAACCGUUAUUUGGAGAAUUAAGAGUCACAUCCAGGUGUGACUAUGGGGGAUUCUCUCUCCCUCCUCUCAAAGCAGACAGGACACGAUGAGGGUCAAGACAUCCUGACGUCUCCUCUGGAGGAUUCCCAGUCUGAGGAUGGGAAGAGUGGAGAUGUCUCCCAGUUUCCUUAUGUGGAGUUCACAGGACGGGACAGCGUGACGUGUCCGACAUGUCAGGGCACUGGGAGAAUCCCCAGAGGACAGGAAAACCAACUUGUGGCGUUGAUUCCAUACAGUGACCAAAGGCUGCGGCCAAGGCGGACGAAGUUGUACGUCACAGCAUCCGUGGUUCUUUGCCUCUUACUUUCCAGUCUCGCCGUCUUCUUCCUCUUCCCUCGCUCCAUCGAUGUUUCCUACGCCGGGGUGAAGACGGUUUUCGUGAGCUAUGACCAGGAAAAACGCAGUGUCUAUCUCAACAUCACAAACACUCUGAACAUCACCAACAACAACUAUUAUUCUGUGGAGGUGGCCAACAUCACUGCACAGGUUCAGUUUGCAAAGACAGUGAUUGGAAAAUCUCGCAUCACAAACACCACAGCCAUCAGUCCUCUAGAUAUGAAACAGAUUGAUUAUAUGGUCCCCACAGUCAUCGCAGAUGAGAUGAGCUACAUGUAUGACUACUGCACGCUCCAAACCAUCAAGGUCCACAACAUCGUGGUCAUGAUGCAAGUGACCGUCACCACCACGUACUUUGGCCACGCCGAGCAGGUUUCUCAGGAGAUGUAUCAGUAUGUGGACUGUGGAGGAAACACCACCUCUGUCAGAGCCAUGAUCUCCUGCUGAGUACACCUCCACUUCCUUCUGAUGACUAAGCUUUGAUGUAACACUGUUCCUCUUCUGCUGCAUCUGACUAACAAUUUUUACAUCAAUGUCAGCAAAAAAUUAACCCAAAAAUAACAUUUAAAACAUGUUUUUAGUAGAAAAAUGUCACAUUCAACUUAGAAAUUAAAAAAAAAACUUUUAGUACUCAAGCAAAACAUUCCCUUAUUUUUGCAAACAAAUGGUAACUUUAAAUAAAAUUGAGUGGUUUAUUUCUCUAACAUCUAAAGAAUGUAAAAACAUGCCAUAAUUUAAAAGCUAAGCUAAUUUAAAAGCUUCUAAGCCUUUUUGGCUUACGCUCAGCUAGAAACAGAUCACAAGAUAUUUAUUUUCCCAGUUUUUAUUCUGAGCAUUCUAAAUUUGUUGAAAUCAGGGUUGUGAAUUUAAAAAAGGCUGAUUUAUAUUUUGAUUAAGAGAAAAAAAUAUUUAAUAAAUCUCCAUAAGCUUCUAUUGAUGUUCAUUAUCUUUCUACUUGAGGUUUAUAUUAAAAAAUAAACAUGAGAUCUUGUAUGAAGCACACAAACUGGAGAAACUUACUUAAAAAGACUUAACACAACUGUCUCCUUAAAUUAAAAAGAAACUUUAAUGUAACUAAUUAUUUAACAAGGUGUAUCUUGAUUUAAUUUAUUGUGGCAAAACCUCAUAUUUAAUGGUUACAGUAUUAUAAUUAUUCAUUUUGAUGUAUGAUCUAUGAAUUCUGAUUGUUGCUCCUCUGCAGGAGAAUGAAGUAUGGUGGAGAAUUAGGGCCAUGUCUAAGGAGGAAAUAACUUCAGAGUUAUGUUGUGUUUUUAGAUAAAAGUAAAUAGAUAACAAGGUUAAAGACAUUAAUUUACAAAAAUAAAGUUGUAAGAGACGAAAGUCAUCAUUUUAUGAGAUGGGAGCUGUAAAUUUAUGAUAGAAUAUUUGUAACUUGCACAAAAAGUCAGAAUUUGACAAUUUAAAUGUUUGUAAUUUACAACUCUAAACUUGAGAAAAUGUUAGAUUAACACCUGGUACAUGACUCAGUCUCUUUGUUCUGAUACAUCUAUUGUUCCAUCUCAAAACUGCCCCUUUUUCAUGAAAAAAAUUAUCAUGAUUGAAAAAUACAAAAAAGGUAGGUUGUGAUUUGUCAUUAAGGAGGUGGUGGGUCCUUAGACGGUUGAGAAUCACUGAUCCACUGCAUUUAGUAUAGAAGUACUGUGAUUUUUUUUCCCGUAAUUUCAGGACUUAAUUUUUCUGAAUUUACAGUUAUCCUUGUAAAUGCUUGACUUUCAGAUAAAAAGUUAUGACUUUACUCAUAAAAAUCUCAGAUUUAUUUUUGUUUUAAGUUGCCCUAAAAUUCUGCUGUAGUGUUUAAACCGUUAAGUAAUGUGUCUGACUACCUACCAAACCAAAAUGCACUUUAAAAUGGAUAUAAACGCACAUAGAUCAUCAGUCUUCACUGAAGAUAUGUCCUUUAUCACUGCAUUUUUAACUUUAUGAAGGGUCUACAGGAUGUGGUACUUAGUUUUAGUACUGUUCAGAUAAUUUCAGAUAAGCUGAAGUUAAAUUUGAGAGUGUUUUUUUUUUGUUGUUAAACCUGCUGAUUUAUCCACUUAAGGGUUUCGUUUGGACCAUAUCAAUAAUGUAACAGCUGAUUUAGGUUUUUUUGUUCUAACACUGUAAAUGGGAAAAAAAAAAUCUGUUGCAUUAUUCUGAAUACAGAGACAGGAUUAGGUUGUUUCAUUUUGUAUUUUACACUUGAGUUGUAAUGGCUCUCAUUUAUAUUUCUUUAAAUAAUCAGAUGGGAUAUCUAUCUUAUUUGCUAUGUAGAGUUUUAAGUUUUUCCAGUAUCUUUACAACAAAGCCCCAUUUUGAACAUAUUUCUUGGUCUUAAAAACUGUAUGGUGGAAAGAAAAAAUCACUGAAAAAAAGGAAUUUAUCCUCAAAGACUAGAAAGCUGCUGUUUUAGAGACUGAAAAACAUUUUGUUUGUUGUGGAAGAUUAGACCAAGAAAUAUGUGAAAGAUAAAGCUGGAAAUCCCUGAAAUGUUACAUCAUUCUGACAUUUAAAAAUAAAAACAUUUAAUGUGGAAUUGAUUUAUUUUCUGAAAUAUUAUAUAAUCUAAAAUAGACCCUAUAAUCUGCAAAUCUAUCUUGGAUGAAUGUUCACAUUUGCUUUUCACUGCCAAAUAAUACACCCGUCUUCAUAAGGCUGAUCUUAAAAGGUAUUUCAAUAAAAUAUCUCUAACCCCUGUAAAA